AUGCCAAAAACCAGAUCGCCGCAGACCGCCAAAGGCUCUACAUUGGACGAGCCGAUCCCCCUCGAAGACGAGAAAAUAAAGAUCGCAGCGGCAGUUGCGGAGAGCCUUCCAGCCGCCGCGUCGGCGGGUCUUUCAGAAACGGCGCUGGAACGGAAGAGGCGGCGACAAAGUGAGCGAUCCACGUACCAGCUGGCCGCGAUAGCGUCAAGUGUGGGAGUCACGUUCCUCGCUGUCGGCGCCGUCUGGUAUCGCUUCGUCUUCCAGACGCAGGGCGAGACGGUCCCCAUAGAGGAGGUGGUGGGCACGGUGGCGCUCGUGAUUGGCGCGGCCGUGGGGAUGGAAUUCUGGGCGCGAUGGGCGCACGACGCGCUGUGGCACGGAUCCCUGUGGAGCAUGCACAAGUCGCACCACGAGCCGCGGGAGGGCGCGUUCGAGCUGAACGACGUGUUCGCGAUCAUCAACGCCGUGCCCGCCAUCGCGCUCAUCGCCUACGGCUUCUUCAACCCCGGGCUCGUCCCCGGCCUCUGCUUCGGCGCCGGCCUGGGCAUCACGGUGUUUGGAAUGGCCUACAUGUUCGUGCACGACGGGCUGGUUCACCGGAGAUUCCCAGUGGGCCCCAUUGCUGACGUCCCGUACUUGAAGCGAGUCGCUGCCGCCCACCAGCUACACCACGCAGACAAGUUCAAGGCUACACCACGCGGACAAGUUCAAGGGGGUGCCAUUUGGGCUGUUCCUGGGGCCGGGCGAGCUGGAGAGAGUGGGCGGGCUGGCGGAUCUAGAGGAGCUGCUGGCAGCGCGGCAAGGGGGCGAGGGGAAGAAGCAGUGAGGGGAGGAAACAGUGAGGAGCGUGGGGAAGGGGAGCUGUGUAGAGACGUCUCAAGGCGAGCUGGAGAGGGUGGGUGGGCUGGCGGAUUCAGAGGAGCUGCUGGCAGCGCGGCAAGGCAGCGAGGGGAAGAAGCAGUGAGGGCGCGUGGAGGAGAGAGUGUGAUGGCGAGUAGUGAAUAA